GGUCAGCUGUGCCACGCCAGCAAGUUCUCCCGCAACCCCGCGAACCACGAGAGCAUUGGCAGCUCCUGACCAUGCUGCGUCAACCGGAGCAGCGAGUGCUGUCGGCCUACUUCGACCCGAGUUUCCAGCACUACCACCCUUCCGAUUCAGCGUUGGAGUAUGCGCACAUUGACACAGGCCUGACUGUCUGCCAGCUGACUUGGGACAAGCCUCUGGAUGAAGUCGAACCGCUGCCGUUGAAGGAGUGCGCGGAUGUCGAGGAGGCAGACGCCCAUGAAGCAGCGCGACGCUUGCGCGAGGGCUUUGUGUUCGUGGGGCUGGUGGAGGAGUGGGACUUAUCCAUUUGCCUCUUCCACAAGCUGGGAGGAGACUGCCUCUUCUCCGAUUUUGAAAACACCAGACGGAACCUGGACGGGUACAACACCACGCUUCAGGGCUUCAGCGACACCUUGGAUGGCAUUUACCAAGAGGCGAUCAUUUUUCAACGAAACCUCGAGCUCUACGGCGUGUCCAAUGAGACUUGCCAUCCAGCGCGCUCAGCUCGCGGACCUUGGGAACUUCUGACCUCGGUUCGAAGUUGUGCAUGGUAUAUGCGGCCUGGUUGGUACGUUCUGACAUGAGGGAUAUCGGUGACACACGUGAUUCAAGGAACUGGCAACCACGCACGCCAAUGCGCUCAGCCUGUUUUACUUGUUUGCCUUGUGUGCUGGACAUGGU